AUGGGCUUCAGUCACAAAAUCUUUGCUGACCCUUCAGGUGUUUCUGUAGAUGAAAAGAAGUAUCGUGGAAUGAUUGGAUCCUUACUUUAUCUCACUGCAAGUCAAUCGGACAUUAUGUUCUCAACAUGCUUAUGUGCCAGAUUUCAAGUCAAUCCGAAAAUGUCUAAUCUUUUGGCUGUGAAACAAAUAUUCAGAUAUCUCAAAGGAACAAAGAAUCUCGGAAUCUGGUAUCCAGCGAAUGAAAGUUUCCUUCUGCAAGCCUACUCGGAUUCAAAAUACGGUGUUCUUCAACUCAAUAGGAAAAGCACAUCAGGAGGAUGUCAAUUCCUAGGUGGUCGCCUAGUCAGCUGGUCAUCCAAGAAACAAAAUUGCAUUGCUCUCUCCAUAACUGAAGCCGAAUACAUUGCUGCUGCCAACUAUCAUGUUCUAAAUGGCAAUAUCGAACUUAUUUUUGUUCCAUCUGACGAUCAAAUUGCUGAUGUAUUUACUAAGGCAUCAGACGAAACCAAAUUUAAUGGUUUUAUGAACAAAAAGGGUCUGAUGAUGCCUGAUCCACAAUUCUUUCAGGAAACAUGUUCUCUUUGA